GUAUAUAACACACAUAGAUUUUCCAUAGAUUUGAGUAAAACAAUUAGUGAUCAAUUCAAGAUUAAUGGAGUUUACACUUCUAUACUACUGUUUGGCUUUAACUCUUCCUAUUCUCUUUCUUUUCUUGAAAUCAUGGUCUCAAAAAAGAACACAACGCAUAAAAAACCUUCCACCAAGCCCGCCUGCUAUUCCGAUUCUAGGUCAUCUCCACCUCGUCAAGCCGCCCCUCCAUCGAUCCCUCCUUAGCCUCUCCAAAAAAUACGGUCCCAUCAUUUCUCUCCGAUUCGGUUCUCGCCCGGUGCUCAUCGUAUCAUCACCAUCCGCAGUCGAAGAAUGCUUCACGAAAAACGACGUCAUUUUUGCCAACCGCGCUGCUUUAACGAUUAACACCUACGUCGGGUAUAAUUCCACCACUCUCGGAACAUCUCCAUACGGGGACCAUUGGCGCAACCUUCGUCGAAUAAGCGCUGUCGAAAUAUUCUCAUCGCAUCGCCUAAACUCGUUCAUAGGAAUCCGACGAGACGAAAUAAAGAGCUUCCUUAAGACCCUCUAUCAAGCUUCAGGAGAGGGUUUUGGUAAGGUGGAGUUGAAAGAAAUGCUGAUGGAGCUAAACUUGAAUAUAGUUAUGAGGAUGAUCACAGGGAAGAGGUACUAUGGUGAAAGAAAUUUGACGGGCAAGGAUGAGACAGAAGCAAAGGAAGUUAGGGAUUUGGUGACUGAGCUUUUUGAAUAUGGUGGAGCCUCAUAUUUGGGAGAUUUCUUGCCAUUUUUACAGUGGAUUGACUACGGAGGAUUUUUGAAGAGAAUAGAAAGGAUUGGAAAACAAACUGAUAAGUUACUGCAAGGUCUUAUCGAUGAUCAUCGAGAUGAUGAUGAGGGUAGUUCUGGAAGAAGGAACACAAUGAUCAGUCAUCUUCUUUCUCUGCAACAAUCAGAAACACAAAGUUUUUCAGAUGAAAAUAUUAAAAGUCUUAUUCUGGACAUAAUAUUUGCUGGUACAGAGACAACAGCCGUUACAUUAGAAUGGGCAAUGUCUUGUCUUAUAAAUCACCCAGACGUUCUUGACAAAGCCAAACAAGAAUUGGACAGUCAGAUUGGCCAAGAAAACUUGCUUGAUGAAUCAGAUCUCUCUAAAUUACCAUAUUUGCAGAAUAUCAUAACAGAGACAUUAAGAUUAUAUCCAGCCGGACCGCUUCUUCUCCCACACGCAUCGUCUCAAGCGUGUACUGUCGGAGGAUACCAUGUAGAAGCCAAUACAAUGCUUAUGGUUAAUGCAUGGGCUAUACAUAGAGACCCUGAGAUAUGGGACGAUGCGCUUAAAUUUAAACCCGAGAGGUUCCAGAUUAUGGGAAGCAACGAUCAGAUUUACAAGUUGAUGCCUUUCGGAAUGGGACGAAGGUCAUGUCCGGGAAUGGGUCUUGCUAACCGUGUUUUAGGGUUUGCUUUGGGGUCUAUGAUUCAUUGCUUUGAUUGGAAAAAGAUUAGUGAUGAAGAAAUUGAUAUGUCUGAAAGAGUUGGUCUCACCAUGCCCAAAGCUGAGCCUUUACAGGCUAUGUGCAAGGCUCGUGCUAUCAUGAAGAAAUUGGCAUCUUCUUUCUGAUGAAAAUAAAUUUGAUUGUAAAGUUAUUAAGACUCUUAUUGUAUUUAGAUUCCAGUAUUUAGUUAUCAUAUUUGAAAUAAAGUUGUUUUGCCUUGA